AUGACCUCCGGCGAAAUACGCACCACUACACACCAGUACGCACCAGUACACACCAGUACGCACCACUACACACCAGUACGCACCAGUACGCACCACUACACACCAGUACGCACCAGUACACACCAGUACGCACCACUACACACCAGUACGCACCACUACACACCAGUACGCACCACUACACACCAGUACGCACCAGUACGCACCACUACACACCAGUACGCACCACUACACACCAGUACGAACCAGUACGCACCACUACACACCAGUACGCACCAGUACACACCAGUACGAACCAGUACGCACCAGUACACACCAGUACGCACCACUACACACCAGUACGAACCAGUACGCACCAGUACGCACCAGUACGCACCAGUACGCACCACUACACACCAGUACGCACCACUACACACCAGUACGAACCAGUACGCACCAGUACGCACCAGUACGCACCAGUACGCACCACUACACACCAGUACGAACCAGUACGCACCAGUACACACCAGUACGCACCAGUACACACCAGUACGCACCAGUACACACCAGAACGAACCAGUACGCACCAGUACGCAUCACUACACACCAGUACGCACCAGUACGCACCAGUACGCACCAGUACGCACCACUACACACCAGUACGCACCACUACACACCAGUACGAACCAGUAUGCACCAGUACACACCAGUACGCACCAGUACGCACCACUACACACCAGUACGCACCAGUACACACCAGUACGAACCAGUAUGCACCAGUACACACCAGUACGCACCAGUACACACCAGUACGCACCAGUACACACCAGAAUGAACCAGUACGCACCAGUACGCAUCACUACACACCAGUACGAACCAGUACGCACCAGUACGCACCAGUACACACCAGUACGCACCACUACACACCAGUAUGCACCACUACACACCAGUACGAACCAGUACGCACCAGUACGCACCAGUACGCACCAGUACACACCAGUACGAACCAGUACGCACCAGUACGCACCACUACACACCAGUACGCACCACUACACACCAGUACGCACCACUACACACCAGUAUGCACCACUACACACCAGUACGCACCACUACACACCAGUACGCACCACUACACACCAGUACGCACCACUACACACCAGUACGCACCAGUACACACCAGUACGAACCAGUACGCACCAGUACGCACCACUACACACCAGUACGAACCAGUACGCACCAGUACGCACCAGUACACACCAGUACGCACCACUACACACCAGUAUGCACCACUACACACCAGUACGAACCAGUACGCACCAGUACGCACCAGUACGCACCAGUACGCACCAGUACACACCCGUACGCACCAGUACGCACCAGUACACACCAGUACGCACCAGUACGCACCAGUACACACCAGUACGCACCAGUACGCACCAGUACACACCAGUACGAACCAGUACGCACCAGUACGCACCAGUACACACCAGUACACACCAGUACACACAGGUACGCACCAGUACGCACCAGUACACGCCAGUACACACCAGUACGCACCAGUACACACCAGUACACACCAGUACGCACCAGUACACACCAGUACACACCAGUACGCACCAGUACGCACCACUACACACCAGUACGCACCAGUACACACCAGUACGCACCACUACACACCAGUACGCACCACUACACACCAGUACGCACCACUACACACCAGUACGCACCAGUACGCACCACUACACACCAGUACGCACCACUACACACCAGUACGAACCAGUACGCACCACUACACACCAGUACGCACCAGUACACACCAGUACGAACCAGUACGCACCAGUACACACCAGUACGCACCACUACACACCAGUACGAACCAGUACGCACCAGUACGCACCAGUACGCACCAGUACGCACCACUACACACCAGUACGCACCACUACACACCAGUACGAACCAGUACGCACCAGUACGCACCAGUACGCACCAGUACGCACCACUACACACCAGUACGAACCAGUACGCACCAGUACACACCAGUACGCACCAGUACACACCAGUACGCACCAGUACACACCAGAACGAACCAGUACGCACCAGUACGCACCACUACACACCAGUACGCACCAGUACGCACCAGUACGCACCAGUACGCACCACUACACACCAGUACGCACCAGUACACACCAGUACGAACCAGUAUGCACCAGUACACACCAGUACGCACCAGUACGCACCACUACACACCAGUACGCACCAGUACACACCAGUACGAACCAGUAUGCACCAGUACACACCAGUACGCACCAGUACACACCAGUACGCACCAGUACACACCAGAAUGAACCAGUACGCACCAGUACGCAUCACUACACACCAGUACGAACCAGUACGCACCAGUACGCACCAGUACACACCAGUACGCACCACUACACACCAGUAUGCACCACUACACACCAGUACGAACCAGUACGCACCAGUACGCACCAGUACGCACCAGUACGCACCAGUACACACCAGUACGAACCAGUACGCACCAGUACGCACCACUACACACCAGUACGCACCACUACACACCAGUACGCACCACUACACACCAGUACGCACCACUACACACCAGUACGCACCACUACACACCAGUACGCACCACUACACACCAGUACGCACCAGUACACACCAGUACGAACCAGUACGCACCAGUACGCACCACUACACACCAGUACGAACCAGUACGCACCAGUACGCACCAGUACACACCAGUACGCACCACUACACACCAGUAUGCACCACUACACACCAGUACGAACCAGUACGCACCAGUACGCACCAGUACGCACCCGUACGCACCAGUACGCACCAGUACACACCAGUACGCACCAGUACGCACCAGUACACACCAGUACGCACCAGUACGCACCAGUACACACCAGUACGAACCAGUACGCACCAGUACGCACCAGUACACACCAGUACACACCAGUACACACAGGUACGCACCAGUACGCACCAGUACACGCCAGUACACACCAGUACGCACCAGUACACACCAGUACACACCAGUACGCACCAGUACACACCAGUACACACCACUGGACCACGGGGUCGGAGGUCAAAAGACAGCUUACACUCAGGGACCCCCAGUUGUUCCAGAGGUAG